GAAAAUCAUCCAAAAGAAAAUUAGAAAAGCAAAAAAAAAUGGAGGAGUGACUAAAGAACAUAGAGCAGUAAAGUAAACAAAACAAGAAAUAGUUGGAGUUGACCAAGCAAGUCAAGUUCCAUAGUCUUUCUUUAUUUGACCAUUGACCAUACAUUCAGAUCGAUCCCUGUUGCCACAUUAUCCCAUCCUAACUUUCCAAUUUGGAGCAUGAGCUACUCGUCAUGAAGUACAGGCUAGGAAGCCGGCCAUGGAGGCUAGGGCCAUUUUGGUCAAUGCUCCCACUUCCUACCCAGCCCAAGAGCCUUCAGUCAUCACUCAUAAAGUUCAACCAAAGCAAUAGCUUCGGGCCAGUAUCAUUGGAAAUUUGAGGUCUUUGUUCCACUUAACCUCUGAUGACAUAGUGCCGCCCGUGAAAGAUUUAGUUCAAAGAUUGGUACGAGAGGAGUUGAAACGACAAUUAAGUUGCGGAUCUGGUGGUGGAAGAGUUUUGCAAUUGUGCUUCAUGAAUAAAUUGCCUCCAACAAAUUACACACUAUCCGAAAUCACAGCUGAGGGAGGAUUACCACUUCAAAUUGAGCUGCGUGAUGCUAAGUCUCAGCAACGCAUAGUCAGGGAAGAAUGUUACCCCAUGAAGAUCCGGAUCUGUGUCUUAAAUGGUGACUUUGGAUCCAAUAAGAAUGAGGAUUGGACAGCAGAGGAAUUUAAUUCCCAAACUUUAAGUCCAAGAGAGGGAAAAGGACCAUUACUGAAUGGAGAUACGGUUAUUACACUAGAAAAUGGAGUUGGUUACAUCACUGAGAAGAUUGUGUUUACUGAUAACUCGAGCUGGACAAGAAGCAAAUCGUUCCGGUUAGGAGUUAAAAUAGUGCAAUCUAAUUCCAUUGAAGCAGACAUUAGGGAAGGUAGAAGUGAACCUUUUAAGGUCAAGGAUAUCAGAGGAGAGGCCACUGAGAAGCACUACCCUCCAUCUCUCAAUGAUGAAAUAUGGCGUUUGACAAAGAUACGAAAAGAUGGGGAAAUCCAUAAGCGAUUGCGUUUGCAUGGAAUACACACUGUUGAUGAUCUGUUGCAGCUGCAUCAUACCAACCCAUCUUCUUUGCAAGAGAAAUUUGGCAAAAUUAAAACAAAACUACGGGAGGCAAUUAUUAAGCAUGCCAAAACAUGUGUUGCUGAUCGUUCAAAGAAUGCUCUCAACUCUGACACUUUGGUGGAUGGUUACAGAAAUGUCCAAGAUUUGAUGACGCCAGUUAUAGACAGCUUGUCCAGCCUAUUGGCAAGUCUACAAUCUGCGGGGCAAUGUGGUGCUCAAGUUCAGUUACCUACUGCACGGCAAGAUCAACUAGAAAAAAGGCAAGAUUUGAGUCAACCGUGUACCUCCACAUCACACAUGGGUGAACCAGCACAUAAUACCCAAGUAGGUUUUGUUGAAGAGCUGAUAUCGGGAAUGUGCACGGAAGAGAAUAUUGCUAUGUCGCCUAUUGUAUCACACGUUCCAAAGCAAAUGCCUGAUGAUUAUUCAACGGGAAAUGAUAUUUUUCCUUUUCCUUCAUAGGGAUGGGGUCAAGGAUAUAGAUAGCUCGCAUUGGAUUGGAGGAGCAGAAUUUAGCAUUCACGACUAGUCCCCAAAUUAUUCUGUGGCCAGUGGAGACAUGCAUGCAUCAUCAAUCAAUUUAGCAGUGUGGUGUGUAAGAUUCGGGUUCUGAAUUGAAACCCAAAAGGAGGACAAAGUUGGAGCAAUGUAACUGUUAGCUAGAUAGAUUCCUGUUUCAUAUUCUUGUCCUAGAUACCAGGUUCUAAAGUUAAGGCUGCAUUUCUAAAAUUAGCAGGUGUUUGAUAAUUGUUUUUGUUUUUUAAUACUUUCAAAAUCGGUAUCGAGAGGAAAACACCCAUUUAUUACUAAAUGGAUGAUUGCCAGACCGAAUACCCAAUGGCAGUGUUUGAUAAUUGAUAACUUCAUUGUUUGGUGUCAAACUUUUUUUUUUUAUUUCUCAUGUGUCCUCAUACAU